AGGAAGCCUGGCUAUUCCCAACUGUCGGUGAUCUCUGAAACUGGCUCUGAGGCUCCUUCUUUGCUCCAACAGACAGGAGCGACUUUGGGCUGGAUAAUUGUCAGAUUCUUACCUCACCCUUUCACAGCUAACAGGAUCAGAUUGCAUUUCCUUCAUCUUUCUCCACUCCCCAGUUUCUUGAUCUGUUUAAAAGAAAUAGAAAAGACAAAUCCUCUCUUCAGUGCCUGGAAGGGAAAACAAAAUUAACUCAACUCUGCUUUGAAAAAAAUCUUUACAAGAACUUUCUUCAGAGAUUUUACACAUGAUUUGUGCAAUGAAGAAAGAACAGAUAUUUUGGGCUUCUGUAUAUCUGUUGCUUAGUUGUGCCUCUGUCUCUCUCAAUGCUGUUCCUGAGGAAGAUGGAGAACAUAAGAAUGUUACAGAUGCUGAGUUGCUGCCACUGAAACUUGUACAUCCAUUUUGUGCAUUUAAAGCAGACGAUGGCCCAUGCAAAGCAAUGCUAAAGAGAUUUUUUUUCAACAUUCACACUCAACAGUGUGAAGAAUUUAUAUAUGGAGGAUGUGAAGGAAAUCAGAAUCGAUUUGAAAGUCUGGAAGAGUGCAAAGAAAAAUGUGUAAAUGAUUAUCCAAAGAGGAGUGGUAGGAAAAAGACAACAUUGCAAAAAGAAAAGCCAGAUUUCUGCUUUUUGGAAGAAGAUGCUGGAAUCUGUAGAGGUUAUAUUACUAGGUAUUUUUAUAACAAUCAGUCAAGGCAGUGUGAACAGUUCAAGUACGGUGGGUGCCUUGGCAAUCUAAACAACUUUGAAUCUUUGGAAGAAUGCAAGAACACCUGUGAGGAUACAUUGAAUGAUUUCCAGGUGGAUGAUUAUAGAACCCAGCUUGAUUCUGUGAAUAAUGACUCCUUGACUCCCCAGCCUACCAAACUUUCCAGCUUUUUGGACUAUUACGGCCCCUCCUGGUGUCUGACCCCAGCAGACAGAGGACUGUGUCAUGCCAACGAGAGCAGAUUCUACUACAAUUCAAUUAUUGGGAAAUGCCGCCCAUUUAAGUACAGUGGAUGUGGAGGGAACGAGAACAAUUUUACCUCUAAAAAUGCAUGUCUUAAGGCUUGUAAAAAAGGUUUCAUCCAAAGAAUAUCAAAAGGAGGGUUAAUUAAAACCAAAAGAAAAAAAAAGAAGUCAGUGAAAAUAGUAUACGAAAAAGUUUUUGUUAAAAAGAUAUAA